UUCUAAAAAUAAAAAUAAAAAAAAAAUUAGAAAAUUAUGUCGGGCGUUUGGGUGUUCAGAAACGGCGUCGUUCGGCUGAUGGAAAACGGCGGAGGCACUGCGGCGAAGGGCGGUCAGCAGUCGCAACUCCGGCGGAAAGCGCUGGUGUUCAGCCCGACGGCGGAGGUGAUGACGUCAUACGAAGCGUUGGAAAAGAAAUUGGUGACGUUGGGUUGGGAGCGGUAUUACGAUGAUCCAAAUCUGUUGCAAUUUCAUAAGAGAUCGACGGUCCACCUUAUUUCUCUCCCGAAGGAUUUUGCUAAGUUCAAAUCCAUGCAUAUGUACGACAUCGUCGUCAAAAAUCGAAACCAUUUCGAAGUUAUAGACACUUAAAUUUUUAAUUAAACUCAUUUUUAUAAUAAUAAUAAUAAAAAAAAAAAAAGAAUUACUAUUUUUCUUUUGAAUUAUUCAACGUGAGGGUUACGGUUUUGAUUAUAUGUUGAAUGUAAGUUUAUAUGUUAUAUGUGUGAUUUAUAUAUAUUUUGUCGGUCGUUUCUUGUUCAAAUACUUGUUGAAUUUGGAUUUAGUUGUGUGUGACGAUGUGUGAGUUUGAAUAGUUGCUAUGAUAAUUUGUGUAGAAAUUUUAUGAAUAAGAUGUUUUUUUUU